CCAUAAAAAGCGAAUGCUUUUCAUCAAAUAUAUCAUUUGCGCGUUGAUAAUUAAGUGCAUAUGUUAAACAAAACAUAUAGUAUUUAGGGAACUGUUGUUUAACUUAACAAUAAAGUUUAAUUGUUUAAGAGAAGAAGAUAUUUAUUCAAAGCUGGUUUUUGCAUAGCACGGCACGAGCAUGGCUGAAUAUUUGGCGUCUAUUUUCGGCACCGAAAAGGAUAAAGUAAAUUGCUCAUUUUACUUCAAAAUUGGAGCGUGCCGCCAUGGCGACCGUUGUUCACGUAUUCACAAUAAACCAACGUUUUCGCAAACCGUGCUACUCCAGAAUCUCUACGUAAACCCGCAGAAUUCAGCCAAGUCAGCAGAUGGAUCACAUUUAGUGGCGAAUGUUUCUGAUGAAGAAAUGCAGGAACAUUACGAUAAUUUUUUUGAGGAUGUUUUUGUUGAGUGUGAGGACAAGUAUGGCGAAAUUGAAGAGAUGAAUGUUUGCGAUAAUUUAGGAGAUCACCUAGUAGGUAACGUCUACAUUAAAUUCCGCCAUGAACAAGAUGCAGAAAAGGCGGCAAAUGAUUUAAAUAAUCGUUGGUUUGGAGGCAGACCAGUAUAUUCCGAGUUAUCACCUGUUACCGACUUCCGCGAAGCUUGUUGCCGUCAGUACGAAAUGGGUGAAUGUACACGAUCUGGAUUUUGCAAUUUCAUGCAUUUAAAACCGAUUUCAAGAGAACUUCGAAGGUAUCUCUACUCUCGUCGACGACGAUCGCGUUCCCGAUCACGUUCUCCACGUCGUCGUCGUUCCCGUUCACGCGAUCGACGCCGUUCUCGUAGUCGCGAAGGCCGUGGUGGCGGUAGUGGUGACGGUCGGAAAGGACGGUAUUAAGAGAUAACCACUUUUGCCGUAACGUUCCCAGAUUCCCAGGGUGCUUUAAAGCUGAAUAUAGCUUUAUUCCCCCUUAAUGAUAUCCUCCUUUUGCACUAUGUAUUCGGUAAAGUCAAAUCAAAUAAAAUGAUGAUUUACUUUAAAUAA